CGAAAAAAGUCAAAAGAAGAGCUGGAACGGCAUGAUAGGCAUCCAGCAGAGAGCUGGAGCUAGGCCGGAGCUAAAGCUUUCACGGAAAACAGAAUCAUCUGGUAUUGCUGCAGUAUAUGAAAAAAAGCAGGAAAAUUGCAUGGAAGAGAUAUUACAAUUGGUGAAGGAUAAACUGGACGUAGAAAUUAAUCCAUCUUCUGUGGAAAGAUGUUUUAGACUAGUAGGACAUACCGUCAUGGACUCUGAUAGAGAUUUUGCAGCUAAAGAAAAGUCUAUCAGAAAGCACCAACUAAUUUAUACGGUUUAUGAAUAUAUUUCAAGCAAGGCAGAGGCCUGGAAUAAGACACCUAAAUAUGUAACAAGAAUGGCGGAUAAAUUUGUUGAUAUUAAAGAACAUCCAAGAGAACUUGGACUGGUCGAUAGAAAAAAACUACAACUGAUAACAAAUUUUUAUUCAGAGGUGUAA